UGCAAGGCGCUCCAGUCGCGUGCUGUUGGGGGCGCCCUUCGCGGCGCGCAGCGCGCCAGGGCCCCGGCCUCUGGCAGCCUCGGGGGCGCGAAGGGGCUACACUUUCCCUUCGCCCCCCGCCCUCGUUUCCUCCUGCGCGGCCCGCAGCAGAGAUUUCCUCUCGGGGAAACUACGCGGAUCCUUCCCGGGGCUCCUCGCCCCGCCCCAGGUCUCCGCCCCCUCCUCUGCGCUCGGGAGCCGGUGCUCGCCCGCGGCAAGGAGGAGGCGCUGGCAGCCUGGGCCGGGAGGUGGCAGGGGGCCGCGGAGACGUCGGCUACCGACUCGUCCUGCCAUGUGACGCCGCCCUCCGCCCCGCGAUCCCCCGUGCGCCCCGGGCCCGCGCCCGCGCUCCGUCGCGCGGCACAUCAUGCUGCUGCCCGGCCACGCGCGCCCACCGUCCGCCCCGCAACCCGCGCAGCAUCCCGGCCUCCGCAGGCAGGUAGAGCCUCCGGGGCAGCUCCUGCGUCUCUUCUACUGCACCGUCCUGGUUUGCUCCAAAGAGAUAGCGGCGCUCACCGACUUCUCCGGUUACCUAACCAAACUCCUGCAAAACCACACCGCCUAUGCCUGUGACGGGGACCAUUUGAAUCUGCAGUGUCCUCGGCAUUCCACGAUAAGUGUCCAGUCGGCAUUUUAUGGGCAAGAUUACCAAAAGUGUAGUCCGCAGCAGCCUGCCUCCCAGAGGGAAGACAGCCUAACCUGUGCGGUGCCCACCACACUGCAGAAGGUGCUGGACGAGUGUCAGAACCAGCGGGCCUGCCACCUCCUGGUCAAUAGCCGUGUUUUUGGACCUGACCUUUGUCCAGGAAGCAGUAAAUACCUCCUGGUCUCCUUUAAAUGCCAACCUAAUGAGUUAAAGAACAAAACCGUGUGUGAAGACCACGAGCUGAAACUGCACUGUCACAAGUCCAAGUUUCUCAACAUCUACUCUGCGACCUACGGCAGGAGGACCCAGGAGAGGGAUGUCUGCUCCUCGGAAGCCGAGUGGCUCCCCCCCUUUGAUUGUCUGUCUUACUCGGCUCUGCACGUGUUAUCCAGGAGAUGUUACGGGAAGCAGAGGUGCAAAGUCCUCGUCAACAACCGCCACUUCGGAAGCCCCUGUCUGCCAGGAGUGAAAAAAUACCUCUCGGUCUUCUACGCGUGUGUUCCCAAGAAUAUACUCACGGCAAUUGAUCCAUCAGUUGCUAAUCUAAAACCUUCUGUGAAGCAGAAAGAUGGAGACUAUGGUGUAGACCUUGACCCAAGGGAACCAAGGGUUCUGAGGAAAGAUGGUGUGAUUGUCAGCCACUCGUUGGCAGCAUUUGCUUACAUUAGAGCCCAUCCGGAGAGAGCCGCCCUGCUGUUCGUGUCCAGCGUCUGCGUCGGUCUGGCACUCACGUUGUGCGCUUUGGUCACCAGAGUGUCCUGCACCAAGGACUUCCAGGAGCUGCAGCUGGCAAGGGAGCACCUCGUGCCAGGAAGCGACAAGGCUGAGGAGGACAGCCAGGAUGAGGAGGGGGAGGAGGACUCCUCUGACUCCGACUUGCCAGGGGAUCUGUCAGGGUUUGGUAGGACUACAUAUCCUGUCUACAGUUCCAUAGAGGCUGCAGAGCUGGCAGAGAGGAUUGAACGCAGAGAGCAGAUCAUCCAGGAAAUAUGGAUGAACAGUGGCUUGGACACUUCACUCCCAAGAAACAUGGGCCAGUUCUACUGAGAGCCAGAUCCAUCCUGAUGUGAGCACACUUUCUGAAGAGGGAAGGUUCCAAAAGCCCCUCCAGCUCUGUUCCACUUGUACCUUCUGUGAAGGAGAAUUUGUCAUGCCAUCCAAUACUGGGGAAGCCAGAAAGUUCUUAAAGGGACAUUUCAAACUGUUUACAGCACAUCCCAAAAUAAAUGUGGAGGGAAGAAAUCUUUGUCUUCUGU